GCCGGAAGCGAGUGCAGCUCCCGGCUGAGCCACCUCAUUCAUCCGCAGUAUGGCGGCGCCGGGCAGCAGCGUCCUGUGCCUCUUCGACGUGGACGGGACCCUGACCGCCCCCAGGCAGAAAAUCACAGCAGAAAUGGCAGAUUUUCUGCAGAAGCUGCGGAAGAAGGUGAGAGUUGGAGUUGUAGGUGGUUCAGACUUUGACAAAGUUCAAGAGCAGCUGGGAGACGAUGUGGUUGAAAAAUUUGACUACGUCUUUCCAGAAAAUGGUCUUGUAUCAUACAAAGAUGGGAAAUUUUUGUGCAAGCAGAGCAUUCAAAGUCACCUGGGUGAGGACCUGCUCCAAGAUCUAAUCAACUAUUGUCUGAGUUACAUUGCAAAGAUUAAACUACCAAAGAAAAGGGGUACUUUUAUUGAGUUCCGAAAUGGGAUGCUGAAUGUCUGCCCUGUUGGGAGAAGCUGCAGCCAGGAAGAGCGAAUCGAGUUCUAUGAACUUGAUAAAAGGGAACAUAUAAGAGAGAAAUUUGUAGCUGAUUUACAAAGAGAAUUUGCAGGAAAAGGCCUCACAUUUUCUAUAGGGGGGCAGAUAAGCUUUGAUGUAUUUCCAAAUGGCUGGGAUAAGACAUACUGCUUAGGAAUUGCCUGCAACGAUGGAUACAAGACUAUCUAUUUCUUUGGAGAUAAGACCAUGCCAGGUGGAAAUGAUUAUGAAAUCUACACAGACUCCCGAACAGUAGGCCACAGUGUCACAUCACCAGAGGACACAAGAAGAAUCUGUGAAGAGCUCUUUUUUUAAAUAAAUGACUUUCUUUUCCUUUAGAUUUGACAGCAGCCAAACACUGUGUUCAGCUAAAGUCAAGAAGAAAUACCAAUCCCUUCAAACAUGAAAUAUUUCACUUCUUUCCAGUGGUGUUUUUUCUUAAUGGCUCACAAACAGCAAAUGUCCUGUUAAUCAUACAUCACUAGCGAGAAUUCAAUGUUGAUUUGUCAAAUAUAGCAAAAUUUGUUUAGGAACCAAUCUUUUGUAUUCCCAUAGCCACAAGUUUAAUUCGGUUAUGUGCUGAUGUCUUUUUAAAAAUGAAUUAUCUAACUAGGAUAUGUAGAUUCAGCUGUUUUUUCUCUGAAGUGGUACAUUGGGGAACAUAAUUGAAAACUCCUACAACUAGACAUUUUUGGCUCAAAUUAACACUACCUGAUUUAACUCCUCAUAGGCUAAAAUUAAAAAUUCACUGGCAUAUUUGAUUCCUAGCAAUGUUAGUUUUGGAUUUAGAUUUAGUGGAUUCUGUGAUAAGGGAGAAAUGACACCAUUAAGCCAAUGUGCUUUAAAAAUAGGUGUAGUAAAAAACAGGGAGCGAGACUUGUCACCUUCAAAUAAAGUAAUCUUUCUGCAUCCAAGGAGGUUUUCUUACCUAAUGAAAUGGGACCUGUGGGGAUAAGCUGGCCAUUAAGAAAUGGGCAUUUUAACACUGGAAAUACUGAAAACAGACUUAAGCUACAGUGAAUUCUCCAUUUUCUGAGGUAAGAUCCUUAAAAAUGGCCUGCAAAGGGAUGCAGGGGGGACUAACUUAUGCCUUUCUCUCUUUUUUUUUCCUGCUUUCUAUACUUUAUAAAGAACACCACGGUUUUUGUUUGGGGUAGGGAUUUUUUUUUCCCCCUCAAGUAGUCUCCUUGUUUUACCUGAAAGCCUGGAGAACCAAUCAGUUCCAUUUCCUUCUUGUAACGCCAUCAACCAACAUCUCUUCUGUUAAGCUGUUUUGCUUACUGCAGUUCAACCAAAUAUUUUUCCUCCAACCUGUUUGAGCUAAAGAUCCAACACGGCUCCAAUCGUCCUCUAAGGAUAACUCCAGCAAAAUUACUGAUGCUUAGACAUGUGGUUUAAAUAUAACAAACUGUCACAAAAGGCCCAGCAGCCUUAUCUCUGUGUAAA